AUGGCGGCUGGAAAGCGCGGCAAUGUUUAUGUAGUUGUUGGAAUGGCUGGAGCGGGGAAAACGUCGUUUUUGGAACGCGUUGCGACAUACUUGGAACGAAGUGGAAAACCUCCGUACAUCAUCAAUCUUGAUCCGGCUGCUAUGCGAUUGCCGUACGAUGCUAACAUAGAUAUACGUGAUACUGUUGACUACAAAUCGGUGAUGAGUGAAUAUUGUCUAGGUCCUAACGGUGCCAUUCUCACUUCCGCAAACUUGUUCGCAACCCGUUUCGACAAAGUUGUGAGCAUCUGCGAUCUUCGUGCGCAAGACUAUGAAUAUUUUUUUAUCGACACGCCGGGUCAAAUUGAAAUAUUCACAUGGUCAGCCAGCGGUAUCAUGAUAACUGACAUGCUCUCGGCUCACUUUCGCACCACUAUUCUGUUCAUCCUCGACACUCCUCAAUGCCAAAAUCCUCAGAUUUUCAUGAGUAAUAUGUUACAGGCCGUCAGUGUGCUAUACAGGAGUCGUUUGGCGGUGAUAUUGGUGUUCAACAAGAUCGAUGUAGCUUCUCAUGCCCCGCUCGUUAAACUACUUUCUGAUAUGAGUUUGUUCCAGAGUGAGUUGGAGGGUGUUAGUGACUUUUCUUCCACAUUGACCCAAUCUUUACACCUUAUUCUGCAAGAAUUCUACGAACAUUUGAAAAUCGUGGGUGUAUCCGCAGCUACUGGGAGUGGUGUCGAGGAAGUAAUCAGCGUAUUAGAGGAUGUGGGCGCCGGAUAG